ACUCUGGGGUGUCUUCAUUAAUGACUAUAGAAGAGAUUAUUAUAGCUUCAAAUAUUCAUGAUUCUAAAAAAAGAGAAUUGGCAAGACAGCUUUAUAUUUAUGCAAUUUAUGAAAUUUGGUAUCAUUAUACACAAGUUAGAUAG